AUGGCGGCCUCGAUCAAUCAUGCACAUCCUCGCCAUAAUGUACCCGAGACAGGGUGCAAGAUGGUCAAUCGGCUGCAGCAGAGCAAAUCUCCCUAUGUCCGAGGACACAUGAACAACCCAGUAGCAUGGCAGGUCUGGGACGCAGAGUCUAUGGAGCUUGCCAAAAAGCACAACCGCCUAAUCUUCCUCAGCAUUGGCUACUCCGCGUGCCAUUGGUGUCAUGUCAUGGAAAAGGAAUCAUUCAUGUCACCGGAGGUGGCAGCGAUCUUGAAUGAAUCCUUCAUUCCCAUUAAGGUCGACCGUGAAGAACGACCGGACAUCGACGAUGUCUACAUGAACUACGUGCAAGCCACGACAGGCUCCGGCGGUUGGCCGUUGAACGUCUUUCUUACUCCUGACUUGGAGCCAGUGUUUGGGGGGACUUACUGGCAAGGUCCUAACUCGAACACAUUCACUGGCCCCGAGUCAAUUGGAUUCGUAGAAAUUCUGGAGAAGUUGAGGGAUGUUUGGGACACUCAGCAGCAGCGCUGUGUCGAAAGCGCCAAAGAGAUCACUAAACAGUUGAGAGAAUUCGCCGAAGAAGGAACACACUCCCAACAAGGAGAACGCGACAGCGAUGAAGACAUGGACAUUGAGCUUUUGGAAGAGGCGUAUCAGCAUUUCGCGUCUCGGUACGAUUCGAUCAAUGGUGGAUUCGGUCGCUCUCCCAAAUUUCCCACGCCGUCCAAUCUGAGUUUCCUGCUCCGACUUAGUGCUUACCCAUCCGAAGUCGCGGAUGUGGUGGGAAAAGAUGAGUGCGAGCAAGCAACCGCCAUGGCCGUCACCACGUUGGUGAACAUGGCUCGUGGUGGACUAAGAGACCACAUCGGCCACGGCUUCGCACGAUACAGUGUCACCAUGGACUGGGGUCUCCCUCACUUCGAAAAAAUGCUCUAUGACCAAGCCCAGCUACUAGACACCUAUGUGGAUGCUUUCCGGUUGACUCACGACCCGGAACUUUUGGGUGCUGUCUAUGAUCUGGCUGCUUACUUGACCGGCGCCCCGAUACAAUCUCCUACUGGAGGAUUCUUCUCAUCGGAGGAUGCGGAUAGCUAUCCCAGCUCAAAUGACACGGAGAAGCGUGAGGGUGCCUUCUACGUUUGGUCGUUGAAGGAACUCACUCAAGUCCUGGGACCUCGCGAUGCCCCCGUUUGCGCCAAACACUGGGGUGUCCUCCCCGACGGGAAUGUACCACCUGAAUACGAUCCGCACGACGAAUUCAUGAAUCAGAAUGUGUUGACUGUGAAGGCCACCCCAAGCAAGCUUGCGAAAGACUUUGGUCUCAGUGAGGAGGAAGUAGUGAGGAUCAUCAAGGCCGGGAAGCAAAAAUUGCACGAUUAUCGCGAGCGUACGCGCGUUAGGCCCGACCUAGAUGACAAGAUCAUUGUGGCCUGGAAUGGGCUGGCAAUCGGUGCGCUUGCCAAGUGCAGUAUCCUAUUCGAAGAGAUUGAGAGCUCCAAGGCUGUUCAGUGUCGCGAGGCCGCAGCCCGCGCCAUCAGCUUCAUCAAGGACAACCUGUUUGACAAGUCCACUGGUCAAUUAUGGCGAAUCUACCGCGAUGGAAACCGUGGAGAUACACCAGGCUUUGCGGACGACUAUGCCUAUUUGACCAGCGGCUUGCUUGACAUGUAUGACGCUACGUUCGACGACAGCUAUCUGCAAUUUGCCGAGCGAUUGCAAAAGUACCUGAACCAAUACUUCCUUUCCCAGACGGACUCCACUGCCACCGGAUAUUACAGCACGCCCUCCGUGAACACUCCCGGGAUGCCCGCCCCUCUCCUCCGAUUGAAGACAGGCACCGAGUCAGCCACGCCCUCCAUAAACGGGAUCAUUGCCCGCAAUCUGUUGCGGCUGGCUGCCCUCCUCAACGAUGAGACCUACCGAACCUUGGCGCGACAGACCUGCAAUUCCUUCGCAGUGGAGAUCAUCCAGCACCCGUUCCUAUUCGUCGGAAUGUUGGAUGUGAUCGUGGGCCUGCAAAUUGGCACCCGAACUGUGACAGGUGUUUUCGCCACGGCGGAGCUAUCGCCUCACCUCCGCGGCGACAGUCUGAGUCGCAAUGCCGAGCCUGUCUCUGCACGCGACCUGAUCCGCCGGCGGGUCCGGGCUGAGGCCGGCGUGGCCGUCUCCUCAUCCAUCGCGGUGACGUCGCUCGUUGACAUCCGGCCCUCGCAUUUGAAAGACUUUGUGGGCAACCAGUCGUUCUGGCUGAAAUCGCGCAAUCCCCUUUUCCAAGACCUCCAGGCCCCCGAGCCAGCCCAAAAUCAUCUUUUGGUUUGCGAAUCUGGGCGAUGCAACACUAUCGAGCUUUAG